AUGGGUGAUGUCGGUGAAGAAAAAGAAAGCGCAGCUAGUGGGGAUAACUCAGAAACAAAGAAACCAGAGAUAUAUACCCCUCCAGAACCGGAGCCAAAGCCACCUGAUGUCGAACUAUUUGUUGAUGGUUUUGGAUUCAUGCCCAAGUCUAAGCACAAGAAAGAAAGGCGACGAUCUAGUGUCUUCGAAAAAACUAAAUUACCACAGCAAGAAAGUUAUGAUGACCAUAGUGAGCAAAGCUUUUGUAUAACUCAAGGUCAACAUCUAAUGGUAUUUUUGGGUAGUCUCCGAGAACCAUCAAUCAUGUUCAGAAUUUUCGCGAGGAGGGUUAUAACGUAUGGAGCCACUAUCACUUCUAUUUCGGUUCCUGACAAGAAAGGAGUACCAGAUGAUGUUCUUGCAGGUUUUGACACAUUAGAAGAAUAUUUCCAGCCGGGGAACCCUUACUUCGGUGCGACCAUAGGAAGAUACGCAAAUGUAAUCAGAGAUGGUACCUUUGUGGUUAGACCAUCAGGGAGGAUGUACAUGGUCUCUAACAAUAAAGGCCAUAAUCAUUACAACGGAGGAUACGUCGGGUUUGAUAAGGUGAAUUGGCGUUCCUACGUAUCCGGUCUGAAAGUGAUAAUGAGUCACGUGUCGGAGCGGUUCCACGAAGGAUACCCUGGGACUGUUAUGUGCCAGAUCACAUUUGAAGUGACCUGUAACAACACACUUAAGAUUGAGAUGAAGUGCACAACAAGUGAGCCUACAGUUAUUAACCUGAGCAAUGCGCCGUUCUUCAAUCUUGCUGGUCAUCACACUGGCGCUGAACUUAUGUUAGAUCAUAUUUUUACUAUUAAUGCCGACAAAUUCACUGCUGUGGAUGAAGAUGGUCUUGUAACCGGCGAAAGAAAAGUAGUAGGUGGAACGGCGUAUGACUUUCGUGUCCCUCGAAUCCUGAGAUCCAUGUUGCCUAAGAUACCCAUGGGUGGCUACGAUAUUAACUACUGCAUUACUCGAGGGACAGAACAGGAUUUGGCUUUUCAAGCUAGGGUGCUGCAUCCGCUGACAGGACGAGUUCUCGAAGUGUAUAGCAAUCAGCCUGGUAUGCAGUUCUACACUGGCAAUCUCCUCCCGGAUCCUGACAGAAUCGUUGAGCCGGUGCCGAUGUCAGAAGAAGAAAGGGAAGAGGUUGAUCACAGUGAGGAAAUGAGCAGUGAGAGUUCAAGUGUAGAAGUUGAAGAUGAGGAAGGAGAUGAACGCGAGGGUAAAAAGGGUUACGGCUACGUCCCUCUGCUAGGCAAGAAGGGAACUAUGUAUAAACGACAUGGUUUAUUCUGUCUUAUGCCUCAAAAUUACCCAGACGCCGUGAAUUAUGUAAGUUUAACAUUUCAAUCGUGGUAAUUCGAGACAUAUUUAA